CGACGGGACUGUUACCAUGUUUCAUGAAGGUGGCAAGUCGAUUGGUUAAAGCGAGCGAUGUGUGUCAAACAUUAAUUGCGUCUUUGUAUCUGCGGGUGAAUGUAGCCGCGCCAUGGAGGAUUGUAGCAUCCCUUCCGCCGCUCGACCACGGGGUAAUUUCAUGAAGCAGCAAGGAUCACCCUAGUACAUUCUGUAUAUAAAGACAUUGGUAUUGGCAUCGAAACAAGUAUAAGCCAUUUACCCACUCCGCGACUUUGGAUCGAAGAUUCCGCACACUCAGCCAUCAUGCGUUUCGCUCUCCUGAGCUUGCUCCCCGCUACUAUCGCCCUUCCUGCGGCUCUUCAGCCUCGCGCUGACGGACCUGUCUAUUGGCUACUCGCUGGCGAUUCCACCACGGCAACGAAUGGAGGCUGGGGUGAUGCUUUCCUUUCUACCACAGUUGAGGAGGGCUCCUCGGGCAAGAACUACGGGCACAGCGGUGCCACCACCAAGUCUUUCCGCGCCGGUGGCGAUUGGGCCCAGGUGAUUGACGAAGUUGGCACUCACAAGGAUGACUACCGCGUCUACGUGACUAUUCAGUUCGGCCACAAUGACCAAAAAGCUACCAGCGGCGUCACUCUUGCCGACUACAAGACGAACCUCGCAAACUUUGCCUCUGAAGCGACUUCAGCAGGCGCGAUACCGAUCCUCGUCACACCGUUGACCCGCCGCACUUUCAGUGGCGGAAAGGUGGUCGAGAAUCUUGCCAAUGAGACCGCUGCCACCAUCGAGGUCGCAGAAGCCAACCAGUUGCACUGGAUCAACUUGAACAAGGCGUCCACCAACUACGUCAACGCCAUUGGAUCAGCUGCAGCAGACAAGUACAACCUCGCGUCUGGUGACCGCACUCACGUCAACGAGUGGGGAGGUGUUGUAUUCUCGAGAAUUGUCAGUGACUUAUUGGUCGGAAAGUAUCCUGAGGAGUUUGAGAGCGUGACCAAGAAGAACGAGACAUUAAGUGCGUUGAUUGCUGCCGGUACAGCUGCGUAGAGUUUGUCUAUGUAGAACGAACGCAAGAUUUGUAAAACUUACGAAGAGAUUUGCAACUCAGUCUUAAAACUGCC